GAAACAACCAAACCAAGACAGGCUAGCAACCUUAGCAGAAGAGAUGGGUCUUUUCCGCCCUGAAGGUAAAAAAGAGGUUUUCCGCUCAGCGAAGUGGAUGUGAACUUGACGAAAUCUUCGAUGGACUUACAGCUCGUCUGGGCUACGAUCUUACUUAUCCUACACAGUGUUCUGUGCAAGGCGGAAGGCGAUGUAACGGAAUCAACAUUGAAGGUGGGGCCCCCGCCUAUACACGGGCCCCCUGAACCAGAUCUCUUGUUGCAACGAUGUUAUGGACAUUGGGGCUGUUUUUCAAUAGGCGAACCAUUCCUAUCCAUCUACCGACCUGUUAACUUGUUCCCUCUCCAUCCGGAUGUACUGGAUGUGAAAUUCUUUUUGAAAACCCGAUCCAAUCCCGAUCUGUUCACGAGGCUAAGGCCAGAAAGCAAUGAAAGCUUUGUUCAGCAGAGCUUGGAUCCAAAGGAGGAAGUGAAAUUCAUCGUCCACGGAUACCUUGAACACGGCCAUCAGAAAUGGAUCCAGGAUAUGAUUCGGGAACUGUUGACCAAGGACAAUUUGAAUGUCAUUUCUGUGGACUGGGUUUUCGGAGCAGCUCCCCCAUAUACGCAAGCCGUGGCAAACGCAAGAAUGGUGGGAGUCGUUCUGGCAGAAUUUAUCGAACUUCUACACGAUGUUUAUUCCAUACCGCUGAGUUCAAUGCAUGUGAUUGGACACAGUUUAGGAGCCCAUGUGGCAGGCUACGCAGGUCAAAGAUUAAACAAACUCGGCAGAAUCACAGGCCUUGAUCCAGCUGAGCCCUACUUUCAAUAUACUUUGGAAGAAGUUAGACUGGAUCCCAGCGAUGCUCAAUUUGUGGAUGUAAUUCAUACGGAUGGUGGUAGUUUCAUUACAGGAGGUCUCGGUAUGAUCCAAGAUUGUGGCCAUGUUGAUUUCUACCCAAAUGGUGGCAAAAGACAACCAGGUUGUAAUCAAAACGUUGUUGGAGCUAUAGAAAAAGAAAGAGAUCUUUUAUAUGGUAUUCGUCGCUUUAUUGGUUGCAACCAUAUUCGAGCAUAUGAGUUCUUCACGGAAUCCAUCAAUUCUGAUUGUCCCUUCUAUGGCUAUGUUUGCGAUACUUAUGACAAUUUUUCGGUUGGGAAGUGUCCAUGGGGUUGCGGACCAGACAACUCCAUGUGCGCCCCGAUGGGGCUGAAGGCGGAAAAAUGGAAGAAGUUUGCACGCGACGAACCUGUCAAAAUGUUUCUCCAUACAAGUAACACGGAGCCCUUUUGUCGUCAUCACUACCUCAUCAACGUGCGGUGCUCCUACAGCGAGGAGGGCAGGACGGUGCACACAACCGAGAAGGGACGGCUCUUCGUCCGCCUGACUGGAACGAAAGCGCAGUCACCUGUUUUAGAGGCCAAGAAAGAUUAUGUUCAGUUCUUCCCUGGCAACACCAUCGAGUUCUUGGUGUCCACUACGCAGAUGGGUCGACUCUUGAGGCUGGACCUCGAAUGGCGAUCCACGGCCUCCCUCCUCAAUCCCCUCACGUGGAGACUCUUUAAUGUGCCCCAGAUCUACAUCCGGGACAUCAUCGUCACUCAUCUUGAAACGGGGGAAAGAGUUGUUUUCUGUGGAAGAGAUGAGUCCCUGAUACCACACAAAAUCAAAACCAUUUUCGCCAAUCAGAGUUGUGCUCGACAUCCGCCGCCUUUUAUGGACGACAAGAAAAAGAAGCAAGAUUCGGACUCCAUGAAUUCGCAUCCCAAACCGAGGUUUUACUCUGACUGAUGAUAAAAUAC